AUGGAUGCCAAAAAAAACGAAAAAAUGAAUUAUAAUCAGAAAAUUGAGUCCUUCAAUGCCAACCAAACAGAGAGAAAACCUGGAUUUUUGAAUACAUCAGCAUUUCCUCGAAAACCUCUGGACGUUCUGAACGAAAAUAUCGCAAAAAAUAAUUCAUCUACCAAUCGCAGUUCCAAUGUUGGGGCUGGGAUUAAUUCAUUUGAAAACAACACCUACAUGCCGAAAACUUUGAUGGAUAAGAACAUACCAAUAAGAGUGUACAAGGAGGUAAACGCACACACUUCUAGUUCUGUUACUAAUCUUCCCUCUUAUCAAGAGAAAUGUUCAAUGAUUAAAAAAACGGAUGACAAAGUAAUUGCUCCUAAUUCUCCAACUCAAAAUAAUUUCAGAGAAACUGUUUUUGUCACUUGUAGAGUAGCAGAUUUAAAAAGCAUUUAUUCCAGUAACAAUGAUAUGAAGGUAUUUGAAGUUUUUGGCUCCAUCAACUCAGCGAUAACACACAGCACUAAUCUCAGUUCAUUAGAAUUUGAUUUGAAAGAUAGAUCUGGUUGCAUCCAAUGUAUAUAUUACAGCAGCAACGAAAAUAAUGCGAGACUGAUUCGUGGACUGAUGUACAGAUGUGUUGGGUACUACUUGCAACAUUCUAACAUAUUUCACUGUGUUUCAAUUAGGCGAUCGACUGAUUUGGAGAUAGUCUUCAGUGAACAACUCAUUAAUGUGAUGAAACCCAAAUAG